AUGUCUGACAAACCCGAUAUGGCUGAGAUUGAGAAAUUCAAUAAGUCGAAAUUGAAGAACACAGAAACUCAAGAGAAAAAUCCACUGCCUUCAAAAGAAACGAUUGAACAGGAGAAGCAAGCAGGCGAAUCGUAAUGAGGCAUGCGCCGCCAAUAUGCACUGUACAUUCCACAAGCAUUGCCUUCUUAUUUUACUUCUUUUAGCUGUUUAACUUUGUAAGAUGCAAAGUGGUUGGAUAAGUUCAAGUGACUGUGCUACCCCUUUUCACAUCAAAGAAUCGAGAACU